AUGACAAUUCUUCUCCCCAAUAUAUUCCAGGACUUAUCUAUCUACAGUUCUCAUUUUGAGCAUGCAUUUUAUAUUGAAAUGGGUGCUAUUUUAAAUCAAGCAUUAGAAGAAGCUUUUCUAUCCUAUAAAUAUCGAUUAAAUCUUAAAAUGGAAUCAAACUGAGCAGCUUUAUCCCCUAUUGGCUCUAGUGAAAUGAAAUUUGAAAAUGAAAUCCAAAUAAAUGACAUUGUUAUUAUAAUCCCCAGUCAAAAUAAUUUUCCUACAAAUUUCCAAGAGAUUAAAAAAGAAAAUAUUCCGUGGAUACUAGGAUUGAUAAAUCAGGAUAAAAAAAAUGAAUUCAAUAUUUUACUUAAUACAUGUAGAGAAAGUCAAUUUAAACACUCAAAAAAAUACAUCGUCGCAAUUAUUGGAAAUAUCACAUCUUUAAAGAGAGAAUUUUCGGUGCUGGAAAAGCUUAAAUGCUAUUCUCUGAAAGACCAAAUCCUUUGCCCACAACAAUGCGAUUUAGCUGAAGAUGCCAUCAUUUUCAAGCUUAAGGAAAUUCUUUUAAAUAACAAAUAUAACAAAUCUCAAAUAAAAGCGAUUGCUAGUUCGAUGAAUUCAGAAAACAAAAUAUCUUUAAUUCAAGGGCCUCCUGGAACUGGAAAAACAAAUACUGUCGUGGGAAUUUUAUCUGGACUCUAUGCAGCUAAUAAAAAUAUCAGGGUGUUAGUUUGCGCACAAAGUAAUGCAGCUGUUGAUGAAAUUGCUUCAACAGUAUUGAGAAAAGGAAUUUUUGGUUUAGAUGGAAAUACAAGAGAUGAUAUUUCUUUAUUAAGGAUUGGAGAAAAGAGGCAAAAGCAUGAACUAGGCGUAGGGGAAGAAGUGAAAACUGCUAAGGAAAUAGAAGUGAGUAUACAUUCUAUCAAACUAAAUGUUUUGGUAGAAGAAAAACUUAGGGCUGAAGGUCUUAGCGAUCCAACCUCUGAAAUAAAAAAAUUAAUUGAAAAACUUGAGAAAUUAGAAAAAAGACUUGAAGAACUGCAAAAAAGAGGAGAAUAUAAAGCAAUGGAAGAAAUUCAAAAUGAAUUUAUUAUUCUCUCGGAUAUAUUAAAAAAAUUAAAAAUACAAAGAUCAACCUAUUUUUCUAUGAAAACAAAGUUUAAAAUAGAGAUCUUAAAAUCUAAAAAUGUCAUAUUUUGCACUUUAAGCGGAUCAGGCUCAAUGGCUGUUGUGCAAAACAUUGACUCAAUUGAUUAUUUAAUCAUUGAUGAAGCUUGCCAAAGUCUCGAACUUAGCACAUUGAUACCUUUUCAAUAUAAUCCGAAAUCUGUUAUAUUAAUUGGAGAUCCCAAACAGCUGCCAGCAACAACAUUUUCAGAAAUUUCAAAAAAUAAUAAUUAUGAUAGAUCUUUUUUUGAAAGAAUGAUGGAAUGUAACAUUAGAUUAGAUUAGAUUAACGAUGUGUCUUUAUAGUCCCCACUUCCAAUGCGUGGCAUUCCUCCGCGCUCCUUGAGGAGCCGUGCUGGCACGAGCGAAAAGGAUGGACUUCCAUCACUGGUUCUCUGAGCCCAGGCCGAAACCCCUGGUUUCUCGGUAGUGGGUUGCCCUAUUGAGUCGUCAGCCGACUGUCGCUGGGCACCACCAUUUCCAACUCAGCCCUUCUGCCCCGAAUACGCCAGUCUUUGCCUCCGGAUUGACCAGAUCGUCCUCCUGGGAGGACCCUUUUAACUGGAGAGACUUGCGCCCUUGGGUUCUCUGGUCUAGCUUCGCCUCCCCUCUUUUCUGGAUCAUCUCCAAGAAAGAACUCAACCCCUUGAGGGAUUCGGGGCUAAGCCACAAAUUAGCCUAGGCAGGUAACUCACUCUGCCUCUUUCGGACACCGAGUCUGGGCCUCGGCGCUACUGGCAAAAAGAAUGCGAAAAACUGCUGCUCGGGUCAAGUCCCAAAAUCAGCGGAAAUUGGGCUGGGGCCUCUCGCCUCGAGGCUAACUCUCCCCUUGGGUAGCUCUCCGCAUCCAAAAACCAUGUCCGGUAUACAUAAGGACACCCGCCACGGAAGGACGGGUCGCUUGUCUCCGGCCAUUUUAUGUAUAUUGGAAUGUAACAUAAGGCCAGUUCUCCUAUGCCAGCAAUAUAGGAUGAUAAGAGAAAUUAGUGAUUUCACUAGCAAGACCUUUUAUAACAACCAAAUUCAAUGCCCAAAAAGUAUAAUUUAUAGAAAAAUACCAAAUUGGAUAUACCCUGUUGGUUUAUUGUUUUUUAAUCUUGAGACUUCUGAAGAAAUGAAAGCAGAAAACUCUUUAAGCUAUUAUAAUGCAUCUGAGGCAAAUUUUGUUAUUAAUAUUUAUGCAUUUCUCAGAAAGAGAACUUAUAAUACGAAUGCUCAUAUAGGGAUUAUUUCUCCUUAUAAAGGACAAGUUCAACAUAUUGAGGAGUUAUUAUACUAUAGGUUUGGGAAUUCAUGAAAAAAAAAAUGUGAAGUCAGCUCAGUUGACGGUUUCCAGGGAAGAGAAGUCGAUUUAGUUAUUCUUAGCACUGUCAGAUCCGAAAAAAUUGGGUUUCUCAGAGACGAGAGAAGAAUGAACGUAGCUAUAAGCAGAGCGAAAUAUGGAAUUUAUGCUAUUGGUAAUGAAGCUCGUUUAUCGAAUAACCCUAAAUGGAAAAGUUUGAUUGACUAUUCCAAGGAAUUAAACAAAUAUGAGCCUUGCCGCUCUUUUGAUGACUUGAAAUAUAUUUUCAAUAAGCCAAAGUAUAAUUAA